AUAAGUAACAGUAAAGCUUAAAAAACAAUGAUCUUUUUAAAGUCCGUUUUAUUGUUUUUUCUUUUUUCGUUGUGUGUUAAAAGUGAAGACAAUAAGUAUACAAAUGGCUCAGUACCAACAAUUUUAGCUGCAUUAUCAUCAAAUUUACUAGGAAAUUCAUCAAAUAAUCCCAUCUUAGAAGCCCUUUCUCGUAAUGGCACGUUCGAAUGUCUCCAGUCGGUAAAAGCAAUACAAAACGGAAUAAUUAAGGGUGAAAGUUGGGCCAUACAGUUUUUAGAUGCUAACCCAAGUAUGAGAGCAGGGUUUUUUGAUGUGUUUGAUAUGGCUUAUAGUCACUUUGAUGAAUGUAUACAUAUUUUGCCAAGGACAUCUAAUAUUUCGUUCCAUGGAAGGCAUUGCUGGGGAGCACUACCUGUUUCAAUGACCAAUUUUUAUAAGUUGAAUACGAAAAUUUUCCCAAAUAGUAAAAAGACAAAAAAAGAAACAGAAGAGUACACUGUCGUGCGACCUCUCUUUGAAGGUAUUUCCGAUACUGUUGCAACCUUCACAUUUUGCAUUCCCAGCACAUGUGAACCAGAACCGAUGCAAAACGCACUAAGAGAAAUAUUAUCAACGAAUAUAACACUUAAAAGCGGAAUGUGUUAUCAGGACCCCAGUCUUGAGCCCUUAGACGUUGCAGUUUUAGGUAUCUUUGCGAUAUGGUUUAUAAUCAUCAUCGUGGCAACAAUUCAUGACAGCAUAACUUUAGAUAAGAAGGAGUCAAGAAUUCCACUACUGAUAUCAUUUUCUGCCUAUGCAAAUUUAAAAUAUCUUCUUAAAGAAGAUAAACGUAAUCAGCGCAUGUAUUUUCUUAAUGGGUUGAAGGUACUGAGUACAUUUACCGUAAUAUUUGGACAUCGUCAUUUUAUUUUUUAUAGUAAACUCAUACAUAAUAAACAAGAUCUUUUAGCGUUUUUUGGAGGAAACGAUACAAUGGAGAUUUUCGGACUUUCAUUUUCAGUCGAUACAUUUCUUGUUGCAAGUGGCUUCAUACUAACUCUUUUAAUUCAGUCAAAACUGCAACAAGGAAAGUCGAUGAACGUCGUUGAGAUUUGUGUACGGCGAUAUGUUCGGCUUACAGUGCCACUCGCUGCUAUGGUUUUAUGUCAUGUUUCCCUACUAAAAUUCGUUUAUCAAGUAUCGCAAUGGCCUUUACUUUCUAAGCUAGCUGAGAAAAAUUGUAAACUAUACUGGUGGUCGUGCUUGUUAUAUGUUCAAAAUAUCCUCAAUCCAAUGGAACUGUGCAUAGGUCAAAGUUGGUAUCUGAACGUAGAUAUGCAAUUAUUUUAUAUAACACCUUUAAUUCUUAUCUUACUUCACCGAUUUCCCAGAAGAGCCUGUUACGGGCUUUUAGGCCUUAUUGUAGUUUCAACUAGCUAUACUUUUUACGUCUGUUGGAAAUACAAAAUAAAAGCAUAUGCAAUUGGAGUAGAAGGGGGACAUGAGAGUAACAUUUACCUCGCGUCAUAUUAUUGCAUUACCUUCACCAGAAUGUCUCCAUAUCUUAUUGGUAUACUAGUUGCAAAAUUCAUGGAUCGAAAGCAACCGUAUCUAAACAAAUUCACCGCAUCUUUACUGUGGGCAGUUGCAUUGUUUUUGUUGGUGGUUUCAUGGAUUGGUUUUCAAGAUUUAAUUAAACGUCAACAGCCCUAUAACAAACUUCAUCAUUCGGCAUACAACGCGUUAAUACGAUUAGUCUGGGCAAUCGGUCUAAGUAUUAUGAUACAUGUUUGCUAUCACGGAUACGGAGGAAUAAUCGUCAACAUUACCGCAUUAUUCACUGUUGAUUAAAAUAUCUUAUGGCGUGUACAUAGUACAUUUAGAUUUACAAAUAUUUGCAACCAUGAAAGAUGAAGGAAAGAGCCGUUUUGAAAGAUUUGAAAUUUAUCGAAAAGUAUUUGCGGAUACUUGCCUAUCUACAAUGGGAGGAUUCUUUUGGACUUUAGUAUUCGAUGUUCCUGCAUUAAAUCUCGUCAAUCUGGCUUUUCAAAAAUACAAUGCAUUCAAAGGUAAGAGGUCGUUUGAAAAAAAAGUGCAGUCCAGUAUAUUGAGAACCGAUGGAUUAAAUACUGCAAAGUUCUGAAGGCAUGAAGCUGAGAAAUAUAAUAUUUGCAUCAGCUAUAUUUAAUAAA